AUGCACCACCAAGAUCGGCAGCAAGUUCCGCGGAGCAGGCGCUGCCCCCGCGAGACCGUCGUCAAGGGCAAGAGUGCCCUGAACGCUGCUCAGCGCUCCGGUGGUGUCAUCACCGAGAAGAAGUACACCACCGGUAACAUUGGUGCCAAGGCAGGUGCCCCCGAAGGCCAACACUUGACCAAGGUCGACCGCAGCGACGACAUCGUCAAGCCCAAGACCAUCGGCCACGCCGUCGCUGACGCUAUCAAGAGACGCCGUACCGAGGAGGGCUACAAGAUGACCCAGAAGGAACUCGCCACCAAGUGCAACACCACCAUCACCAUUGUCCAGGAUUUCGAGCGUGGCACCGCCGCCCCCGACCAGAAGGUCCUCGGAUCUAUGGAGCGUGUGCUGAACAUUAAGCUGCGUGGUUCAGACAUCGGCUCAGAAAAGUUCCCCAAGAAGAAAUAG